AUGUUCUCCGAUCUAUGCGUUACAGCCCCAAGCAAAAAGAAAGGCUUAAGGCUAAAUAUCAGAAAAAUAAACACGACUUGCCCCAAGAAAAAACUUCCCAAAAAAUUUGAAGAAAAAGUAUGGAAAGAUCAACUCAUUCAAGGUGACUUUUAUUCAAUUUCAGCCAAAAAAGGACCAAUAAGAAAGCAAAUGGAAGAUACUUUUAGUGUUUUAAGAACUCCGUAUAAGCCUUUUGUGGGUUUUGGAGUAUUUGAUGGCCACUCCGGAAUCCAGGCUGCAGUUUACGCAUCAGAGCACUUGCUAAAUAAAAUCAGAUCAUUUGAUAGCAGCAGCCUUAUGCAAGCUUUUCUCGAGACUGAUCAACUUUUUGCAUAAUAAUAAAAUGACAACUAAUAUGGAAUUUGCUCUUCUGAGCUAUUUAUUUUAUCAUUAUGAUAUUAUGCUUUCCCAGAGAAUCCUCGCAGAUCUAUAACAGCUAAGCAACUGCGAGAGUUGCCUAGCUUGGAGUAGAUUAGGCCCAUAGCGUUACUAUUUUAGCUCAAAGCCUUAAAUAGCCAUGUGGCUCAGACAAUUAAAACUUAAUCGAUCAACUUUUCUGCAACUCAGCAAAAACUUUAAAAGAUGGAUCUACCGCAACUGUAGCCUUAGUACAAAACUCAAGUAUUUUAGUCGGAAAUGUAGGGGACUCCAGAGCUAUUUUAAUCAGUGAGAAUUCUUGGCAAAUACUAACAAAAGACCAUGCAGCAAGCGAUUUAGAAGAGCAGCUGAGAAUUGAAAAAGCUGGAGGCUAUGUUAUACCUGUAGGAAGAAUCCCAAGAGUGCAAGGAACUAUAGCCAUAACAAGAAGCAUAGGAGACCUCGGAUUCAAGCAAUUUUUAAUUGCUGAGCCAUAUAUAAAUCAAAAAGAGAUUGAAGAGGACGAUUUAUUUUUGGUUCUGAGCAGUGAUGGGCUCUUUAAUAAUUGGGAUAUUGAAGGACUUGCAAAUUUUCUGAGGGAACGGAAAGAGUCAAAGACAGAACUUUUGGCUGAAGCAAUUUGUGAGUAUGCUUUGAGGAGUGGAAGCCGAGAUAAUAUAACUGCCAUUGUAGUUGAUCUCAGGCAUUUUAAAAAUGAAAGGAUAAAGAGAAGACUUCUAGAUAUUGAUAUGGGGUCUGAUGAAGAGGAUGACAUUAUGGAAAUCGAAACAACACCCAAAAUGAUGGUCAAAAAAUUCAUGUUUUAA